AUGGUCAUAAGAAAACCAUUUUGAUAUCUAAUUAUUUUGAAUUCCCCAAGAAAAAAUUCUAGAAAUUUCAGGUGGAAGAAAGAUAGCAGUACCCCUAUUUCGCCGCCAAAAUGUAAGUUUUUUUUCAAAAUUAAAAAAAAAUGAAAAGUUUGGAAAAUAACUGAAUUUUCAUUUGAAGUUUGAGUUUUCGACAAAAAUCGAGGUUUUUCUGGAAAAUUCAAAAUUAUUUAUAAAAUUUAAUUCGAAAUUCUAUUAAAAAUGAAAAAUCCGAUUUUUUCGGUCCUUCAUAUUUUUCACUGUUUCAAAAUUCUUUUCAAAAAAAAUUCAAAAUUCAAAAAGCUUCGAAAAAGGCCAAAAUAAUUGUUGAAUCGUUUUGAAAAUUUGAAUUCAGGUUUCAUGCCCGGAAAAAAACUUCCUGAAAAUUUAGAAAUGUUUUUUUGUUGCAGGCAUGGUUUUCAAAUUGGUGGUCGAAUGAACGAUGAUAUGAUCGAACCAACAUUCAAUUUACGUCUAAUAGAAGCAGUCAAACAUAGCAGAUGUCUUUUUGAUUCAACAGAUCGACAAUAUCGAAAUACGGAAUAUAAAAAUAAAGUAUGGAAUCGACUUGUUACUGUGUUGUGUUAUGAAGGAGAUCCGCGAAUGUUGGCUUCGAGAUGGAAACAAUUACGAGAUAAAUAUGGAAAAGAAAAGAGGAAACAGAAAUAUAGUCAUGAGAAAUCGGCUUGGCAAUAUUUUAAACAUCUCAGUUUUCUUGAUCCACAUAUGACUGAUCGAACUGAUGUUUCGCCAUCGAGAAAAGAACCACAUGAUGUUGUAAGUUGAGAUAGGGAAAGAAAAAUGUUUUGAACAGGGGAAAAUUGAGAAUUGUUUGGUUCGGAAGAAUCUGGGAAAUUAGUUAUGACGUGGCAAAAACAUUUUGUCCAAAAAUCGUAAAUUUUCCAAUUUGAUAAAAUUUCUUCAAAAUGUAUUUUUCCAACUUUAUUUCAUUUUUUUUAACGUAAAAAGAGAGCCAAGAAAUUCAAACAUCAAUUUCCCCAAGGUUUGUAAUUUUAACAAAUUUCUACUGUUUCAAAAUAUUCAUAACUUUUUUUUCGAAAUUUCAAGUUUUGCUACGUCUCUGUUCCAUGAGAACUAAACUUUUUUGCCAAAUUUUGCUUGAACUUGGAAUCUACCCGGAAUAAAAAAAUCGGUUCAAAUUUUCCAAAUUCCUUAUUUUUCAGCAUUUGGCAGUUACUGAUCCAAUGUUUGCUCCUCGAUUAAUCGAACAAGUUCAUCAACAUCCAUGUCUUUACGAUGUUCGAGAUGCAAAAUAUCGACACGCUGAUUGGAGACAUCAAGCAUGGACAUCAAUAAUUGAAACACUUCAAUAUCCAAGUGGAAUACCAUCAAUAUAUAAACAAUGGAAAAAGUUUCGAGAUCGAUAUGUUCGAGAAAAACGACGAUUAAAACAUCAAGCAGAUCUUGGAAUUGUUGAAGUAUCAACAUGGGAAUAUUAUGAUCAAUUAAUGUGGAUGGAUCCAUUUUUAGAUGAUCGAGCUGCGGGUGCAAGAUCGUUGAAAAGAGGAGGAAAUGGUGGAAAUGGAGGAGGACAUGAUGAUUUAUCCGAAUAUGGAGAUUAUGAUGAUGAGUAAGUCAUUUUGGGAGAUGAAUAGAAAAUGUUUUGUUCAGGAAUUUUUUUCACCAAAAAUUUUAUCCUCUAAUUUUUGGUUCUGAAAUAGCUUGAGCUCAAAAAAAUUUCCCCAGCCCUUGACAUUUUUUUUCGAAAUUUGAUAUGCAGACUUUUCUUCUCUAACCUAUCUAUAAAACCCUUGAGAAAUAAUUUCAGACAACUAAUUUUUCUCUCUGAAACGAGUUUUUCCCGAAGAAAAUAAAAUUGAAACGUUAUCAAAUAUGACUUUUCGCCCAUUAUUUGCUUUUUGAUUUUUUAUGGGCAAAAAUAUUUUGAGAAGGUUUUUAACAUUUGGGAAACUUAAAACAAUCUUCCCUAACUCUUUACAACAAUAAUUUUUGCAGUAUGCAUUUCAUGAUGAUGGAAAAACGUGGAGCCGGCGCUGGAAGUGGAGAUGUUUUAUUGGAUGGCGAUUCGGCAUUUUCAGCAUCAAUAGUUUCAGAUCUUCGAACUCUUCCAGAACACGCUCGAGCACACGCAAAACAACAAAUCGAGAUUCUUCUUGAAUCGGGAACAAAAAUGGGUUAUAUGUAA